AAAAAACCCUAGAGGGCCUGUCAUUUUCGUUAAUCGUUCCUUCUACACCCUUUCCAAGUUUCUUUACUUCUCCCAUCGCAGCCGCACAUCGCCACCCUCUCUGCGGCAGCCACACCCAAAUCCGACUUUGGAAGUAUUUUGGAUCAAAAUAAUAUUCCAAAUUCAUUUUGAUUUGAAAUUCUUUUAAAUCAAGUAGUUCCGAGUAAAGUAGGAAGCUUGAAAUUCUGAUCCAUUUUUUCUCACACGGCUUCAAUGGCGACGGAGGCACCUUCACAAGCUCUAUCUGAGGAUUUACAGUCCCUCUCAAUCUCAGACGCUAAAGUUCAAGAGCCGGCUUGUUCAUCGAACUUUUCAAAUCAAUUGAGUUUGGAGGAGAAGUAUCAAAUUGUUAGAAGUGUUGGGGAAGAGUGUAUCCAAGAAGAUGAGCUGCGGAACUUGCUUGAUAAGAAGCCGGAACCAGUUUGCUAUGAUGGGUUCGAACCAUCUGGGAGAAUGCACAUUGCUCAGGGAGUGAUGAAGACAAUAAAUGUCAACAAGCUUACAUCGGCUGGGUGCAGAGUGAAAAUAUGGAUUGCAGAUUGGUUUGCUCAGCUUAACAACAAAAUGGGGGGUGAUCUGAAGAAAAUUGAGACUGUUGGCCGCUACUUAAUUGAGAUAUGGAAAGCAGUUGGGAUGGAUCUGGAAGGAGGUAAGGUUGAAUUUUUGUGGUCGUCAAAGGAAAUUAACUCUAGGGCAGCAGAAUACUGGCCCCUUGUAAUGGAUAUUGCUAGGAAAAACAAGCUUCCAAGGAUAAUUAGGUGUAGCCAAAUUAUGGGAAGAAAUGAACAGGAUGAGUUGACUGCUGCCCAAAUUCUCUACCCAUGCAUGCAAUGUGCUGACAUUUUUUUCCUGAAGGCUGACAUCUGUCAACUGGGAAUGGAUCAACGGAAAGUAAAUGUACUUGCAAGAGAGUAUUGUGAUGACAUCAAGAGGAAAAACAAGCCUAUCAUCCUAUCCCAUCACAUGUUGCCAGGCUUACAGCAGGGUCAGGAGAAGAUGUCUAAAAGUGAUCCAUCAUCCUCCAUAUUUAUGGAAGACGAUGAGGCGGAAGUGAAUUUAAAGAUAAAGAAAGCCUACUGUCCUCCAUUGAUCGUGGAAGGGAAUCCAUGCUUAGAGUACAUAAAGUAUCUCAUUUUCCCUUGGUUCAAGGAGUUCACUGUGGAACGAAAUGCAGAUCAUGGUGGAAAUAAGACAUUCGCAACCUUUGAAGAACUGGUUGCGGACUACGCAACAGGAGUACUGCAUCCGGGUGAUCUCAAACCAGCUUUGUCUAAGGCUUUGAAUAAGAUAUUGGAGCCUGUACGAGAGCACUUCAAAAAUGAUAGCAAUGCCAAAGAUUUAUUGAAGAGGGUCAAGGCUUACCGAGUCACUAGGUGAAGAAUGGUCCCAUUAUCUCCUGCCCAAUUUGUGGAUGGGAACAUCUUCCAACCAAUUUCAGCAGUGAAAUUAUUACGGAUUUUGUUUUAUUUUUGCCCUUUUAUGGUCAACCUACAAAUUUUUAAGCUGCAUUUAAAUUCGAAUGAGGAUAGAUAUGUCAAGGUCCAAAUGUCAUGUUAAUUCUUGAGCAACAAGCAAAUGAGAAGUUCCUAUUGAAUGAUAAAAAAGGGCUUGUGGAUGGUUCCACCUCAAAUUAAUUUGUAGCUCACUACUUAAUAGACAAAAACUGGGCAUAAAUUUUGAAGUACUUGAAGUGCUGUACUUUGACUCAAUAAAUUUGUGAUUUUGGCGAUAGAAGACGGUUAAAAUUA